AUGGACAGAUACGAUCAAACAAAGCUCCUCCUUAGCGGAAUAGUCAUCGGCGCUGGCGCCGUUCUCGCAGUUCAGACAAUCUCUUCAGUCCGACGACAAGAUUCAACAAAAAAAACCCAAAUAUUAAAAGAAGAUAUAAGAAAUGGACUCGAGGAUUGCAUCGGAAAUACCCCUUUGAUCCGAAUAAAACACCUUUCCGAAGCUACGGGCUGUGAGAUUCUAGGUAAAGCUGAGUUCCUGGAGCCCGGUGGUUCAGUGAAAGACCGAGUGGCGCUUAAGCUUAUAAAAACUGCCGAGGAGGCUAAUCUUCUCACUCCUCACAGCGGUGACAAAGUGUAUGAAGGCACUGUGGGCUCCACCGGCGUCUCUUUGGCCUUUAUCUGCCGCGCCCGCGGAUACCUUGCCCAUAUCUGUAUGCCAAAUGACCAGUCCACAGAGAAGUCUUCCCUUCUACUGAAGCUCGGUGCCAUGGUUACUCUUGUGCCUCCAGCUCCCAUAGUCGACAAAGGCCAGUUUGUAAACCGUGCGCGCGCUCUCGCCGCUGCCCAGACAGCCUCGGAGACAGAACCUGGGCGUGGAUUCUUCGCGGACCAGUUUGAGAACCCUGCGAACUGGAAGGCGCACUACGAGGGCACAGGCCCGGAGAUAUAUCAGCAAUGCGGCGGUCGUGUUGAUGCCUUUGUGGCAGGCGCUGGAACUGGUGGAACCUUGAGCGGCGUGGGGAAGUACCUAAAGGAACGUCUUGAGAGUGUUCGUGUGGUGCUGGCUGAUCCCCAGGGAAGCGGCCUCUAUAACCGUAUUAAGUACGGCGUCAUGUUUGACAUCAAAGAGCGGGAAGGCACCCGGCGUCGACCUCAGGUCGACACUAUAGUAGAAGGCAUUGGUAUCAAUCGUGUCACCGCCAACUUCGAAGCAGGCCGCCCCUAUGUCGACGAUGCUAUCCGCGUCACUGAUGAUGAAGCGUUAGCGAUGGCAAGAUUACUUGUAGAGAAAGAAGGCCUCUUUGUAGGUAGUAGCAGUGCAGUGAACUGUGUUGCUGCUGUGCGGACGGCGAUGAAACUAGGCCCAGGACAUAGAGUGGUCACUAUUCUAUGUGACUCAGGGACCAGGCAUUUAAGUAAAUUUUGGAAGAAGGCUGGGGAAGUGGCAGGCGACGAGGAAAUGACCUUGGACGGAGUAUUAGGAUGCGGAGAGGUAGGGAAAGGGGUGAGCUUAGAAGGUGAGAAGAGUGGAUAUGGAGUAUAA